AAGCGAAGUAAGCGACUCAAGCGAUUGUCAAGCGAUUCAUCAAGUGAUCAAACUGCAAUGGCGCUACUAUUACUCGACGAAUUACGACCCCGUCGUCUUCGGGACCAACUUUUUGGUCUCGAUUUGGCGUCUGACGAUUUUCUAAUGGACAUUUUUGACCGUCCGUCCCUGCAGCGCCGGUACUCCCGUCCUUGGCGAAAUUUAGCUUUGGCAGCUCGGGAUGUCGGGUCCACCAUCAAAACCGACAAAGAUAAGUUCCAAGUCAACAUGGAUGUUCAGCAUUUCGCACCUGAGGAAAUUUCUGUGAAAACUGCGGACGGCUGCGUGAUUAUUGAAGGAAAACAUGAGGAGAGGAAGGAUGAACACGGGUUCAUAUCCAGGCAGUUCAAGCGAAGGUAUACCUUGCCUGAGGACUGUAACCCUGACACGGUGGAGUCAAGAUUGUCAUCUGAUGGAGUUUUGACAGUGUUAGCGCCCAGAGCUUCGGAGAAUAAAGGGGAAAGGGCGGUUCCUAUCACCCUCGCUGGACCUGUGAGAAGGAAACAUCAUGACGAAGAAGAUGCAGAAGAGAAGAAAAUUGAGAAUGGGGAAGUUAGGAAAGAGGAGAAAUCUCCGCAGAAAAAGAGAAGACGUUAGAUGCUAAGAUCUUAAGAUUUAGGUAUAAUUUCAUUCCAGUAUUUUCAAGACUGAUUUUUCUAAUAAAUGUUUCGUUAAAAUUAAUUAUGGGUUUAC